UUUGUUCUUUGACAUCCGGAAAAUUAAAAUCUGUAGUACAAUUAACUCACCACAUUCCUCCAUAUUGAAAAACAAUUAACAAUUAGACCCAGCUCACGUGAGUCAAAAUAGAAAAUCCAAAGUUAGUAGAAAGAAGUGAUCUCAAGUCGUUUCAAACUACUGCAACUCGAACGAAACUACAUGCUCAAUAAAGCAAAACGCCGAACGAAACAUGGCAUUCAUAUUCCCAGACACUAAUGCAGGCAAUGCUCACAUUCCUCUAUUAGCUCACAGAGCUGAUUUGUUGCCAGGGUAAAUUGUUGGAAGGAUGUUAUAUCCUCCAAGUUCUUUAAUCAUAAAUUGUUUUCGAGAAGCAGUAAGUGCUUGAGGCGCUAUUGUUAACAUUGUACGUUACUGUGUGACGUUAGUAGGUGUUCACUUCUGUUUGUUCCAUUGGUAAGAUCUUUUCACUACUUUGUUUCUAAUUUAAAUGACUUGGACUCGUUCUGAAGUGCAGUAUGGAAUAUUACAAAAAAUAUGUUUACACGCUAUUAAAUACGGACCAAUUCCAAAACAUGUUGCUUUUAUUAUGGAUGGAAAUAGACGUUUUGCUGAUAGUAAAAUGUUAAAAAAAUCUGAUGGUCAUUUACAUGGUUUUACAAAACUCUCUGAGACUUUACAAUGGUGUCGUGAUAUUGGCAUUGAAGAAGUAUCAAUGUUUACUUUUAGUAUAGACAAUUUCAAUAGAUCUCAUGAAGAAGUUUCAUUUUUAAUGAAUUUAGCUGAAGAAAAAUUGCAAGAGUUACUAGAUAAUAAAGAUGAAUUAAAAGCAGAUGAUAUAUGUAUUCGUGUUAUUGGAAAUUUAGCAUUAUUACCAGCAAAAGUUCAAAGUUUGGCUGCACAAUUAAUGCUUGUUACUAGAAAUCAUUCAAAAUCAAUAUUAAACAUAUGUAUGGCAUAUAAUAGUCGAAAUGACAUUACGAAUGCAAUGGAAAUUGUACGUUUAGGUGUGAAGGAAGGAAAAAUUAUACCUAGUGAUAUUACACGAGAGUUAUUAUCAAAAUGCUUAUAUACACGUUUAUCAAAACCAUUGGAUUUAUUAAUUCGUACUUCUGGUGAAAUACGUUUAAGUGAUUUUUUAACUUGGCAAGUAUCAGAAAAUGAUACAAUUUAUAAAUUUAUUAAUAAUUAUUGGCCAGAAUUUUCAUGGUGGGAUUUUCUCUCGUCUAUUAUACAUUAUCAAAUGUCAUAUCUACAAUUAUCACCAUUAAUUAAUUUUAAACGAAUGAAUAACCAUGAUAAUAAUGGUUUAGUAUUGAAUAUGAUUAAUUCUAAAGAAAAUGAAGCACAUAAACAACGUAUUAAUUCAUUUUUAAAUUAUUUAGAUCAAACAUUUUGGCAAAAUAUGAAUAUUUUAGCUACUUAAUUUCUUUUCCUAUCUCUCCCUUACUCUCUCUCUCUCUAUGUGUGUGUGUUACUUACUUACGCCUGUAACCCCUCGUGGAGAAGCAAAGGCUAACCACCAGCAUUCUCCAUCCAACUCUGUCCUGGGCAAUCCUUUCCAGUUGUGAUUCAUCCUUUUUAUAUCUGUUUCUAUUUCCCGAUGUAAUGUGUUCUUUGGCUUUCCUCUUUUCCGAUUCCCUUCCAGAUUCAAAGUUAGGGAUUGCCUCGUGUCUCUAUGUGUGUGUUUGUGUGUGUACAAUUCUUUAUAGUAGAACAAACUUAUGAUUUCACUUGAUUAUAAAUGUACAAAUCAUUUUAUACUUAUUUACAAUGUAUGUAUUUAAAAAAAAGAAGAAGCAAUAUCAGGAUACAACUUUUCUUCUUAUUGCUUUUUAUCAUCAAAUGUGUUAUGUAAUCAAACAAUUUAAUUUUCAGAAGGGGCUUUUGUAGAGAUUUAAUAUUUUCCUAGUUGAAAGCGUGAGUCAAUUGA